GCGGAGGGAAUGUUAGCUACAGUGCCCGGUAAAGCUGCGCCGCUGGUUUUGCAUCUCAGCCUUCUCCUCCCUCCGCGCCCAGUGCUUUGCAAAACUGCUCUGGAUUUCCUUAGCGGCAAUCCUUAGUAUCCAGUAGUCAGUACCCUGUAUUGCGCUGCAAAGAAAAUUCUUGAACCCACGCCGUCAGUUUUUGCUAGGACGCAUUGACAGGGACGGUCUAGAUUGGAGUUCAUUCCCUUCUCACCUAAUCUCCGUCUUCCGUCGCGGCGCAACUUGCAAGCAUAAUAUAUAUAUAUAUAUAUAUAUGCAGCUUUCCGUUUUUGCGGGCACGACCUCCUGUUAAGGCUCAUUUCUUUUUCGGUCGCCAUCCCUGUUUGAAAAAAGAAAAUAAAAAAAAGAAGGAAAUUGAAAGGAAACCGUAGCUCAAAAAAUGGGAUCUGAGGAUUCGCAGAUGAAGAUCGUCCAUGGCGAGUUUGGUUACAUACUCGAGGACGUUCCUCACUUCAAUGACUAUAUUUCUAGUCUUCCCACAUACCCAAAUCCGUUGCGAUCUAACCCAGCAUAUUCAGUUGUGAAGCAGUAUUUUGUUGACGUCGAUGACACUGUUCCUCAGAAGAUCGUCGUUCAUAAGAGUAGUCCAAGGGGUGUACAUUUUCGACGAGCAGGACCCCGGCAAAAGGUGUAUUUUAAGUCGGAUGAUGUGCAUGCGUGCAUUGUUACAUGCGGUGGUCUUUGCCCUGGACUCAACACAGUCAUAAGGGAAAUAGUCUGCGGUCUAUCUCACAUGUACGGUGUCAACAAAGUCCUUGGUAUAGAUGGGGGUUACAGAGGUUUCUAUUCCAAGAACACCAUUACUUUAACACCCAGAGUGGUCAAUGAUAUCCAUAAGCGUGGGGGUACCAUUCUUGGGACAUCACGGGGAGGGCAUGAUACUGGCAAGAUAGUUGACAGCAUACAGGAUCGUGGAAUUAACCAGGUUUAUAUUAUCGGAGGAGAUGGAACCCAGAGAGGAGCAGCUGUGAUUUAUGAGGAAAUUAGAAGGCGAGGUCUCAAAGUGGCAAUUGCUGGAAUUCCUAAAACCAUUGAUAAUGAUAUCCCAGUUAUUGACAAGUCCUUCGGUUUUGAUACUGCUGUUGAGGAGGCUCAACGUGCCAUUAAUGCAGCGCAUGUUGAGGCUGAAAGUAUUGAGAAUGGGAUUGGGGUUGUAAAGCUGAUGGGACGCUACAGUGGUUUCAUUGCAUUGUAUGCUACUCUUGCUAGUAGAGAUGUGGACUGUUGCUUGAUUCCAGAGUCACCCUUCUACCUUGAGGGAAAGGGCGGACUUUUUGAAUUUAUUGAGAAAAGGCUAAAAGAAAAUGGACAUAUGGUCAUAGUCAUAGCUGAGGGAGCAGGACAAAAUCUCCUUACAGAGAGUAUCCAGGCUGCAAACCAGAAGGAUGCUUCUGGAAACAAACUGCUUCAAGAUGUUGGUCUAUGGAUAUCUCAGGGGAUUAAGGAUCAUUUUGCAAAGCAAAAUAAGAUGGCUAUCACUCUCAAAUAUAUAGAUCCUACUUACAUGAUCCGGGCAAUUCCAAGCAAUGCAUCAGACAAUGUCUACUGCACACUUCUUGCUCAGAGUGCAGUUCACGGUGCAAUGGCCGGGUAUACUGGAUUCACAGUUGGGCUGGUCAACGGCAGACAUACUUAUAUUCCAUUCAAUAGUUUGUAUUCUCUAAAGAUCAGAAUUGUUCUGACUAUAUUGUGGAUGUCUCAAUUUUGAAAACCAGAGAAUCACUGAGAGGCAGAACAAGGUUGUGAUCACAGACAGGAUGUGGGCAAGACUUCUCUCUUCGAC